GGAUGUGUCGACGUCUGAGUCAAAAGGGUAUCCGGGCAGUACGGACUGCUGAUCCUACAUUGGCUGAGGUUUCCCCUACUCUGAAGAAGUUCGAUGCUGUCUUCUGCCUCAACGUGUUGGACCGGUGACUCUUCAGUGGUGUCACCAUCCAUGUAGUGGUCAUAAUGCAUCAGGUGCAAGUCUCCAAAGGGAUUGUUGAAUCGCAUAGCAGAACUGGUGAGGGCAGUCAGCUGAUGACUCUGUUGAAAUACUACCAGGUGGCCCCAGGAGGUACGGUAGUGGUAGCAGUCCCUGUGCCACUCGCUCAACUGGAUGCCUUGUCGAGCAGCAGUCAAGACGAGCAACAAGCGCUUGUAAGGACGUGGUAUCAGUCGGCCUCUUCGUGGAGUGCAAGGCUGCUUUAUUCCGUAUUACGUGCAGACAUUCGCGUACAGUGUGGGGAAAUACAUUUGUUAGUGACAAUAUGAGAAUUCUGGGAAAUCAUUCUCUGUAUAUCGUUACUUGAAGUCGUACAUGAACUCAUACUUCAAUUAGUGAGGAAACUCCGCUCUGAUAAAAUCAGCUGAAGAAAGUGAACAUAAGUCCCGACACUUGUUUCUGCUGAUGCCAAUGGCAGCCUUGGAGUGGCAUACAUCAGGUCCUGUCGUGUAAUGCGUCCUUUGAGGAAGCAGCGCGGUGCUUGUGGAAUGAGUAUUUGGGACCUACGGGGUUCUUCACCCUAGCAGCCUUCACUCGGUGUCCCUACCUCUGCACUGGUCCCAUCGCCGAUCCGAUCCUGCCACUGGAUGAUGCCGUUUUCGUCCUUACCAGAGUUUCUGACUCUCAAUCCUGAGUUUCUG